GGGGAGGGAGAGGAGAGGCGAGCGAAAGAAAUAAUUGGGGAAGGAGGGAUGAAAGCAGAGGAUAAAGAAAAUGGAGGUUAAUUAGUUGGUUAUUGCGCGGGGAGGGGGGCGAGAGUGGGGGCGGAAAAGCCUGAUAGAGCCGGGAAAAAGAAAGUGAGAAGGCUGGGAAGAGCCGGCUGGGAAAGGGAGAAGGAAAAACCUGAUCGAGCCGAGAAACAGAGAGUGAGAAGGGUGGGAAGAACCGGCCAGGGGAGAGGGAAGGAAAACCUGACUGAGCCGGGAAAUAGAGAGUGAGAAGGGUGGGAAGGGGAGAAGGAAAAACCCGAUCCAGCCGGGAAAAAGAGAGCGAGAAGGGUGGAAAGAGCCGGCCAGGGAAGGGGAGAAGGAAAAACCUGACUGAGCCGGAAAAUAGAGAGCGAGAAGGGUGGGAAGAGCCGGCGGGAAGGGGAGGAAAGCGGGGGAGAGGGGCGAGGAGGGGGAUGCGCGGGAGGCAGCGGGCGGCAGCCGGGGGGAGCCGGGCACAGACAAUGGGGCGCGGCCCCGCCGCCCCCUCCACCUCCCGCCGCCGGGCGGGGCCGGGGCGCGCUGGCGCUGAGCCCCGCGCUGUCCCCUGCCAGGGGGACAUGGCCCCGCUGCUGGCGCUGCUGCUGGCGGCCCUGCUGGGCUCGGGCCGGGCGUGCCCGGAGCCGUGCGCUUGCGUGGACAAGUACGCGCACCAGUUCGCCGACUGCGCCUACAAGGAGCUGCAGGCCGUGCCCGCGGGGCUGCCCUCCAACGUGACCACGCUGAGCCUGUCGGCCAACAAGAUCAGCUCGCUGCCCCGCGGCGCCUUCGCCGAGGUGACCCAGGUGAGCUCGCUGUGGCUGGCGCACAACGAGAUCGCCGCCAUCGAGCCCGGCGCGCUGGCCGUGCUGGCGCAGCUCAAGAACCUGGACAUCAGCCACAACCAGAUCGUGGAGUUCCCCUGGCGGGACCUGCGCAACCUGAGCGCGCUGCAGCUGCUCAAGAUGAACAACAACCGCAUGGCGCUGGUGCCGCCCGACGCCUUCCGCACGCUCAAGGACCUGCGCUCGCUGCGCAUCAACAACAACCGCUUCGCCACGCUGGCCGAGGGCAUCUUCGACUCGCUGAGCUCGCUGUCGCACCUGCAGAUCUACAACAACCCCUUCGAGUGCUCCUGCGCGCUGCGCUGGCUGAAGCGCUGGAUGGAGAGCACGCUCAUCUCCAUCCCCGAGAAGGAGUCCAUCGCCUGCGCGCUGCCCGAGCGCCUGCGCGGCGUGCCGCUGGCCAAGCUGCCCGAGCUGCGCUGCGCCGCGCCCGCCGUCACCAUCGGCUACUCGCGACUGGACGCGGCCGAGCUGCCCGACGGCUUCACGCUGAGCCUGCACUGCUCCGCCAGCGGCUCGCCGCCGCCCGAGCUGCGCUGGAAGAUCCGCACGGCCGGCCAGAGCCUGGAGCUGGGCGGGAGCGGCCCGGAGAGCGCGGCCAAGGAGGAGCCGCGGCCGGAGCCCGAGCGCUUCGUGGCGUUCAAGAACGGCACCUUGGUGAUCCCGCACCUGAGCAAGCGCGAGGAGGGCACCUACACCUGCGUGGCCACCAACGAGGUGGGCAGCAACCACUCCUCGGUCAACGUGGCGGUGGGCGGGUGCGCGCAGAAAUACCCGCCGGGGCCCGGCGGCGACCCGCUGGGCGGCAAGGGGCAGGCGGGCGACAAGAAACCCGGCACCGAGGCGGCCAAGAACAGCGUGCUGACCCCGGAGGAGAGGGGCAAAGCGCUGGGCCCCACCCGGCAGAGCCGGCCCGGCUCGGCGGCGGGGCCGGAGCCUGAGGGCGGGGGCCGGGUCCCGUUGGAGCCGCCGGGCCUGGAGAAGAAGUGCGGGGCCUCGGCGGGCGGCUCCAAGUACAUCUCCAACCACGCCUUCAACCAGAGCGGCGACUUCAAGCGGCACAGCUUCGAGCUGGGCGUCAUCGCCCUGGACGUGGCCGAGCGCGACGCCCGCGUGCAGCUGACGCCCACCCAGCCCGGCGGGGCCACCUGGGGCGUGCUCUACCUGUGCCAGCAGGGCCGCCAGGGCCACGCCCUGCUGCAGUGGUCGCAGAUCGAGGCCGGCGUGAACUCGUACUGGUUCCAGGGCCUGAGCCCCGGCACCAACUACUCGGUGUGCCUGAGCUCGCCGGGCGAGGAGUGCCGGGUGCAGGUGGUGUUCACCACCAAGAAGGAGAUCCCGUCGCUCAUCAUCAUCGUGGUGGUCAGCAUCUUCCUGCUGCUGCUGGCCACGCUGCCGCUGCUGGGCGCCACGUGGUGCCACCUGCUCGCCAAGCUGCAGGCCAAGCCCUACAAGCUGAUCAUGAAGGCGCAGAACCCCGACCAGAUGGAGAAGCGCAUGGCCGCCGACUUCGACCCCCGCGCUUCCUACCUGGAGUCCGAGAAGAACUUCGGUCCCGGCGAGGCCGAGGCCGAGGAGGAGGAGGAAGAGGAGGAGGAGGCGGGGGAUGAAGAAGGAGCGCGGUGGCGGCGCGGGAGGGAGGGGGAAGGCGCGGCGGAGCUGGAGCGGGAGGAGAGCGUGGCCGCCAGCUCCAUGGCGGAGUCGCAGUCCAAGGGCGGCGCCGAGGAGUUCGAGGUGCGCUCCGAGUACAGCGACAAGCUGCCGCUGGGCGCCGAGGCCGUCACCAUCUCCCCGGAGAUCAACGGCAACUACCGGCAGCGGCCCCGCUGAGCCCCCCGGACCCCCCGACCCC